GUCAGCUGUCAUCUUCGCAAAUUUUCGUAUUGUUUGUUGCACAGGUUUGUUGUUUUGGAAAUUUAUCCAGGAAAGGUUUAGUUGAAAAAUAGUAUAGUAUUUUAAUCUAUUAGGAUGGAAGGAGUUCAAGUGAUAACGCAGGACUAUGUAAAUGUACAUAUUACAAAAUCUGAUUCUGAAGAUGCACCUCCUGUGGAACGCAGGUUCAAAAAAGCCAUUUCUGUAUUGGAGUUUAAGACGAAGCUGGAACUGGUAACUGGAGGUUCUGCUACAACUAUGAAACUAAAGCUUUAUGACAACAAAAACAACUUAAUUUGUGAUAUUGAUAAUGAUAAUGCAUUACUUGGCUCAUAUCCUAUUGACGAUGGGAUGAGGAUCCAUGUAAUUGAUAAAUUUUCUCUUAUUCAAGAUUUUGAUGCAUCAGAUAAUGCUGAAAGGUUCAAGUUAUCUGAAGAAGAAUAUGAGAAAAAGAGUGAUACUCUCAGGUCAUUCUUGCAGCGCAAUAAACUUGGCAAAUAUAAUGAAGAAGAAAUGAGCAAAAUGAAGGAGACUCAGCAAAAGGAAUUGGAGGAAGAAGCCAAGAUAGCAGAAUCUGUGCUAGUUGGUGCUAGGUGUGAAGUGCGUGUACCGUCGCAGCCAACCCGCAGGGCCACAGUUCGGUACAAUGGACCUCUGGAUGGAGCCAAGGGCCUGUGGAUUGGUGUGCAAUACGAUGAACCAAGGGGAAAGAAUGAUGGAUCAGUGAAUGGCAAGAGGUACUUUACGUGUCCGCCUAAAUAUGGAGGUUUCGUGAAGCCAUUGUAUGUAACUGUUGGUGACUUCCCUGAAGAAUCUUUUGAUUUGGAUGAUGAAAUAUGAUCCCAAACGAAAAUAUGCACAAAAGCCUAUUAAUUUUAUUUAGCGCCUGAGAAAAAAAUUAUCGCUUAAAUAUUUAAAUCACAUAAAUAUUAAUCAUGACUAGGAAGUGGUUGUUAGAUUUUGCUUUGUAUGCAAGUUUGAUAGAAUCAUUUAUUAAGAAAGACUGAGACUUGGUUGAAUGUGUAACAUCAAGAUUUUGAAUGUGCUGGUUUAAAUUGAGUAUAAAUGUACUUGUGUUGUCAAAGAUAGGAUGUGAGAAUAUUUAACGAUUCACGUGUAUUUAAUCGUUGAAUAAUUUCUUGUAAACCUGUCAUACUGACCAGUUUUUACUAGUCUUAUACUUUGUAGUUUGUAUGUGUGAAUUAUUUUAUCGUUAUAUGUAUAUUUUACUUUGAAAAAAUCAUGAGAGUAUUUUUUAUAUUUGAUUAUGAGUAAUGUUCAAUAACAUAACUAAUUAUAUUGUAUCGUAAAUUAUGAGUUGUUUGGCAAACAACAAAACAUUCCAAGAAUGGAUUGAUGCUAUUAAUUAUUGUUCAUGUUCGAGCAAAUUAAUAACGACAUGUCAGUGUAACAAAAUAAUGAGCUAUGCAAUAAAUUUUUUGAUAUA